CUUUUGUCACAUUGAACUUACCGAGCUUACACUGUGUGCUCGAACUUAGGAUUACAAAGAGAAUAGUACAUGUGUGGCCGUGUGGCGUGUAAAGCGCUCAACUAACCUAACUACUGAACACUAUAUGAGAAAUGUCAUUUAACAUAUUGCUUUUAUUAAAGUGAUAUCAGUAUUUUUGUGUUUCGUGGGAUUGAAUAUAUAAUCCGUGUAUAUUUUUAAUUGUAUUGUAAUUUAAUAUUUUCAAGUUUAAAAAGUGAAUUUAAUACUAUACUAACUAAAAUGUGUUUUAACAUUUACUUAUACAUUAGAAAUUUUAUAUAAAAGUAAAAUAUUGAAUGUUAAUAUCAUUUCUUGAUAUUGCAACAACAUGACUGAACACAGUUUCACAUUACCAAGAGCACCAAAGGAGCUUAUGUUCAAUGAACAUGAUUUUAAUGAGAAAGAUUUUGAUGUUGAUAAAUUUCUUCAAGAACACAGAAAAAAUGCUAGUCUUGAAACUAUGCGAGAUGAUUUGGGAAUUUACUUAAAAGUCCUCCGAUCUGCAAUGAUUGAGUUAAUCAAUAAAGAUUAUGUGGAUUUUGUUAGUCUUUCCAGUAAUUUAAUUGGCUUGGACAAAGCUAUUAAUAAUCUACAAGUUCCUCUUGGUCAACUCAGAGAAGAGCUAAUGCAAGUACGACAAACCUUGGAUGAUGCAAUUACUGAACUGACAAUUGCUCUAAUCAAUCAUCAACGAAUCAGAGAACGUAAAAAAAGUUUACAGAGCUUAGCACGGGUUUACAAGUCAAUAGCAAAAUUGUCUCAAAUUUUGGCAACAAGUACUACUACAGCAGGAUCUUUAAAACCUGACCUUUUAGAACGUGCUGCUACAGAGUUUAAUCAACUAAAAUUUCACACGUCCAGAUGCAAAUCUGAUAUAGCGCCUAUUCAAAGCCAGAGCUUUGAACUUGAACAACAUCUUACAGCGAUUCUGGAUGACUCAUUUAUACUGAGUAUAAAAAACAAGCAGACAAAUUUGUUAGUUCGCCACCUCAGGAUUUACAUUACAUUAGACAAAAUAGCAGAUGCAGAAAAUUUAGUAAGGAAAAAAAUCGUGGGCCCUGCAGUUGACAAUAUAAUCCAUAAAACGAACUUGCAAAGUGAACCAUUGGGUUUGCAAGGUAUAUUUCAACGUUUAUUAAACGUGCUUAACGAGGAAUUAGAUGAACUUCUAAUCGUGACGUCACAUCCAGACAGGAUGAUCGUAAAAGGAUUCAAUUUCUUAAUAAAUAGUUAUUGGUCGGAAGUAGAAGAAAAAAUCGAAUUGGACAUGAGCUCUAUUUUUGCACCUGGACAUCCAGAACAGUUUUACCGGAGAUAUAUGGAAACACUUGAGUUUCUUUCCAAAUUAGAGGAACGUUGCAGCAAUUUUGAAACUUUGGCUGUACUGAAGAAUCAUACGCAAUAUAAGCAAUUUUUAAAGAAAUGGAAUUUGCCAGUUUACUUCCAAAUAAGGUUCCAAGAAGUUGCUACCGCCGUUGAGUCGGUACUCUGCGAACCGAUUUCACCUACAUCCAUUAUAGAAAAUGCGAAUAACAUUCAUUCAAUGGAAUAUUCUCUUUAUGCAACACACAUUACUUUUGAUUCUCUCCUUCGAGGAUGGGCCGAAGGUGUAUUUUUGCCUCAACUACUACAUCGGUUCUGGAAAUUGAGUCUACAAAUAUGUUCUAGAUAUAAAACUUGGUGUCGAAGCACCUUAACUCAAAAUUGGCCGAUCGUGACUGGAAUGGGAAAAAUUGAUGGAAAUGAAGCUGAAUGUCCAACAAGAUUACAAUUUCUUGUAUGCUUGUACACCGAUAUUGAAAAAUUCAUUAAACAGUUACCAACCCUGUUGGAAAUAGUACGAAUAAAACUUCCAAAUGAUAAACCAAGCAUAAUGAGAAUAUUAGAAGAUUGUCUGAAAGAAACUUGCAGAAAUUUAGAAGACUGCUUGCCAGCAGUUACUGACGAAGUUGUUAAAGAACUCUUGUCACAAAGUGCAGUACAUUUAAAACAAGUCAGUGAUAUUCCACGACUAUUUCGACGUACGAAGCGUGAUAUUCCAACUAAACCGUGUGCAUAUGUAAAUAAUGCAUUGAAUCCUCUUAGUACAUUUCAUACUGAUUAUAAAACCGUCAUACCAAAAGCUGUUUCUCAUUGGAUUCACUUAACUCUAUCUUCAUUAACUGUUCAGUAUUUGUCAUCUGUUACUGAUGUUUUAACUUCAGUACAAAAAACUGAGGAAAGUUUAAAAAGAUUAAAAAAAAUUCGCGACAAGUCCGCAGGAAUGUCGCCUUCAGAAGGAAAGGGAAUUAGUGACGAUGCAAAAAUACGAAUUCAACUGGAAAUCGAUGUAUAUGGAUACAAAAAUAUGAUUGAAACUCUUGAUGCCGAUAUUUCAAAUGUGCCUCAUUUACAAGAUUUAAUACAUGUUGUAGAAGCUGCUGUGAAAAAUAAAGAUGAACAAUGAUGAAAGAAUGUUCACACUAUUUUUACAUAGCGUUAAUAAAACAACGUUGUCUUUUAUGCAUCAGUGUAGUAAAGUGAGUAACAGAAUCGGUUAUGUAAUCAAGGAAAAUGCAAAGUUGUGUAAUAAAUGUUCGACAUGAUUCUGUAAAGGAAUGUAGAUACUUUAUAAAAAAAGUACAAUAUAUAUGGGUGUCAUGUAAAUAGGUCAUACAUUUGUAUAUUCUAAUAAAAAUAAAUAAAAUAUUCGAUUCAAACAUUA